AUGGACGUCACAUCAUUGCUGAACGCAAAUUCCCUUGCUGUUGAGCAGCAAAGGAAAGAGAAUGAUGGAGAAGGAACAAGAGUCGAGGCCGCCACAGAGGCUCCUACUCAGAACCGGACACCUUGGGACGCUGGAGGGUAUUCGCUUCCCAUCCAAACCAUAUCGAACUCAUCGAGUACACCAACCGAACAUGAUGAACUGCACCGACGAAAUUCACACAGUACUCCAACUUCCCCGCAUCACAAUCUCUCCGAAAGCCGCUCCAGUUUCUCAUCACUUACAUCGUCUUUCCAGUCAGCUUCUCAUUCGAGGUUCUCAUCGCUCUCAACAGUCGGCAGUGCUUUUCCUUCAGGUACUUUUACCGAAGCUCUGGCAGCUGCUUCAGGCCCAAAACCCCAUGUUUUCGACUUUGGAAUUCUCUCGACACCGGACGUAACCCAGCCGACCAUGGGCUACUCACAGGGUGGCAGUAUCUCACCUACAGGGUCCCUCGACGCAUUGGCUCUCGUAGCAGAAAACGAGAUGGCGGGUCAACAAGCACAACAAAUUGCCGAAGCUUCGAAGGCCUCAUCAACCGACGCGAAUCAAACCAUCAUGCGCAAGGGAGGAGACCGCCCGUGCUCACCCAGUGAUGCAAUCUUAAUCAAGCGGUCGGCGGUACCAAAUUUACGACUCAGUACGGGCGACCAAGACUUUUAUGGGCUGGGGCUGACCGGAUUGAAUUUGAUGGAUCAAGAACAACAACCACAGUUUUUGAACGCGCCUUUGGGAACGCACCAUCAAGCUUUAAUACAGGCUAAAUCACACAAGAGAGCUCUAUCCGCACCGGCCUUCCCAGCAUCCGUCAACGGCUUCACGACCGGGUUCACAAUGUCUGAACCCCAAUCGAUGGGCCCGCGGGCUGAGCCAACACCGCCUUCAUCCCAACACCCUGAUCGCACGUCUCCCACAACCAUUCCAAUUUACAGAACUCCCGAUACUCCACCAUCUAACACCCAUGGCGAGAUAAUCCCUACUCAGACCAUCCUGUGCAUGUACAUCCCCAAUUGCGAUACCGGCUCGCAACUACGGAAGGCCAUCUCCCAUAUUUUCGGACGUAACAAGAUGUGCACCCGGUUGAUUCCCGCAGAAGUUUGGGUUCAUUAUUGCCGGAAGCAUUACCAACGCAGUCGCUAUCGUAAUCCCAAGGAGUACGCGAAGCUGCAAUGUGAUCUCGUUCAACAACAGAUCCGCCGUGUACACGAAUGGAGUGUGGAAAACGCAAACAGAGGCCUCCCGGGUGUUGUUAAGGACUGGGGACUGGCAGUGCGGAAACGUGAACAAAAGCGCUUAGACGAGCUCAAUGGUGCCAAGAAGCGAAAUGCCCACGCAGCUUUUGAAGACGGCCUGAACAGCGAUGAAGAUGAUGGCAGCAGUCGCACUUCGAGUCAUAUUCUACCUGCGACAGCUGUCCCAGACUGGCUCUUGCAGGAAUGUGGCAAAGGGUACUCUACCCAUAAGAUCUUGGAAAUUUUCAAUCGACUCCAUACUGAGAUCUUGGCUGACACCAUGCCGUGUUUCCCGGAUAUUGAGAUCCUUCCAAAUAUCGCCGUCGAUGGUGAUGAACCUAAGUCUCCCAAGGGAUAUACCAAGAGAGCAUCGGCUGCUAAAGGUCACUAUCGCUCUCAAUCCUUGGGUGGUCCUACCGCUGCUAUGAAGCCAAACCCCUACACGCAAGAUAGACGCAUGAGUCAACCCGCCAUAUGGAGUCAAGGCGGGUAUUCCCCUCAAGCCCCAAAGAAGCGCCGACCAAAUGGGAUGGGUGAGACAGACUCUCCAGACUCCGCAUUUUCUCCGUAUGCCCGAAGCCGUCCACUCGAGCGGCCACUGCAGGCUGGACGUGUUACACAACUCCCACACCGCCCUAUGUUCCCGGACAUCAACGAAAAUAGCGAGGAGGAGAGAUACAACUAUGGUAGCAGUUAUCCCCUCUCUGGAGCUCCCUUGCCAGCUCCUACACCUCAACGAGCUGGUGGCCAAUCUAUGGCUGCUCAUCUGGAGAUGGGUACUUCUUCGAGUACUAGUAGACGCCCGCUCCAUCAAAGAUCUCAAUCCGACAUGAGCGCCUUCACCCAAAACAAUCAUGGAUACUCCGAAUCAUCAUUGAUGUCUACCGGCUACAUGGACCCCUCCCACUACGGCCACAGCCAAUUCCAGGGUUUUGCUGCUCAUCGCUCAGAUAUCCGUGAGGACUCUCGAUUCCAUGAGAUGCAAGCUCAACAGCAAUUCUCUCACGGUCCGAUCAUGCACGGUAGGCAUCAAAGCAUAGCCGGUAUCCCAUCAUCGGCCAUGUACAGUCAACUCUCGUCCGCAUACCACCCCCAGGCUAUUCAUUACCAGCAAGGGCCUGCGCCACGCAACCACAUCAUCGAGACUCAACAGGCCCACAGUCUGUACACCGAUCGACGCUAG